UCAAACUGCAAUUACCAGAAACUUCCUCAUUAAAUCGAAACCGAAACUGUCGCUGCGCCUGGACCGUCAAUGCACAAUGUAUCUGGAGAUGUUCUUGUUGCAUUUUUGGAUUCUUGGAGCCGGAAUUGUGCAGGCACAGAAUGGACGCAGGAUUCCAGGCAGAAAGUUGGAUUGCGCGUUUGUAGGACAAAAACAAAAUGAACAGGCUGAAGUGUUUGGGCCAAUCACCAUCAAAAGGAAGGCAACCCUACUGUUUGGUGAUAUUGUUACAAAUGAAGAGGCCAUUAUUUUUAAAGUUCAAGAGUCUUCAUUAGAUGUUUUCCAGUAUGUGGACGAGAAACUGGACACAUUAGGAUGUGAAAUUAGUAGGUAUUCUACUCACGGCAUCCAUAUGCCCUGGCCGCAUGAGGGUAAGGAGGCUAUUGAAGAUAUAUGGUUCACAGUGACUUUAAAGCAUUUAAGUAGCAGGUUCACUGUAAUCGGCUUCAUGAGGAAGAUAGAAGAGCCCGAUAGCCAGAAAGUUGAGAAAAGUGAAGCAAAAACUGAUGGUGAAGAUUUAUCCAUUGGUGACACUGACACUCUGUUUGUUCAAGUGACUUAUAUUGUACACACCAGGACCCCAUUGAUCAGAACUAAACUGAAGCAAGACCUCAUUCUGGACUGCGGCUACAAAAUUGAUCACAGUACAGACUUUAACGUUGACUGGCGGUAUCAGCACAAAGGGAACAAGAAGAAAUUGUUCUCCUACAAUGGGCGACAUCAGCGGAUUGAAUUCAUUGAGAAAGGAGUUGAAUUAUUCAUGGACCAGAUCAAGAAGGGAAAUGCUUCACUCCGUUUAAGAAACAUUGGUGUUAAAGAUGAGGGAUCCUACAUGUGUUCUGUAUAUGUGCCUCCACUCUUUGGAACACACGCCAUUGAGGUCGAGAUUAUGGAGUCGCCCAUUGUCUCUGUGAACCCUGAUUCGGUUUCCCUUAUCGAAGGGGAUGAACAGAAGCUGGUCUGUGAUGCAGGGCGGUAUUAUCCACUUGAUGUAACGGUGAAGUGGCUGCGGCAAAAGGGUGAGGGGCACAUGCUGCCUGUUUACAUGACGAACGUUGUCUUCUCCCCCCACAAGCGGAACAUGGAUGGCACCUACAACAUGACCAGUUAUUUCAGAUUCACAGCAUCCCUCCAGGACAAUGGCGUUACGUAUGUAUGUCGAGUUGAGCACGCCAGCUUAGAGAAACCAAUCAAACGCUACGUCCAAGUGAGUGUAGAAGGUAAGCAAUGAACAGAGUCCUAUGGUACUUGCUUAUAAUUGUUCGUGGUAAAACGUUCAAUAUGCAAUAAAAUUUGAUGCCAGAACUGUUCAUGAAUUUUAUUUAACCCCUCAUAUUUAUAUUGAAGCUGCACCGGUUCAGUGAAAACGUCUAUUAGUUCACCUAUCAUGGGUUUUGAAACCAAUCUGGUCCAUUCAUUUAAACUGAGUAGCCUUCCCAAAGGUCCACCCUUUGUGUCAGUUUUCUAGUAGUCAUACACUCUUGUUUUCUCAAAAUCUGCUUCAGUCAGGAGAAAGGAGCUAAGUGAAACUAGGAAUUCUGCAUACAUUGACACAUUUCUCUCCAGUGGAAUAUAGAUGGCCAUGGUAGU